UGCUGCCUUGUAGGCUAUUUUCCCCUUUUUAUUAUCUUUAUAAACCAUGAAGUUGCCAAAUAACGCGCCACAGGACUUGCUAACUAAAACAACUACCACCAACCUUUAAGAGAGAGAAACUGUUAUCGUUUUCUACAAAAAUUAUGCUGCUUAGCCUAAAUGUUGAAGACGUCCUAUUUAGGUCUAAUAGGAUGGACGCGUUUACGAGGAACAACUGAACGCAGCAGUUGUAAUUUUCCGGGUUUACGUCAAAGAUCACGUUUAAGGCAAUUGACAUAUAUGUUUGCUGUAUAUAAAAUAACUCUUUUAAAAGUUCCAUAGAGACCUCUUUUACUUUUAUUAUCAUGCAUUUGCCAGCAUUGGUUGGUUUAAUGAUGAUAUUUUAAAAUUGCCCUACUAACAAAACAAUGUUAACCGCUUAUGAAUCAAAUAACUGGUCACAAAGUAGCCUAUGUAACCUACUGUGUAUAUUACUCUGUGCAGUAACUUUUAGACUUUGAUUUCAGACUAUGGAACAAAUUAUCUCAUAAUUAAACAGCUAUUAUCACAAACAAAAAAAAUAGUAGUAUAGUACUUAUACUUUUAAAAAGAGGAAACUGUGCAUACAAAAUAAGUGUUCCACUGCAGAUCCAUAAUGUUUAUUUUUAAUAUUUAAUUUCCUAAUGCCAAUUAGCUGUCACCAUAUUAGCUUUUAUUUUAUUUUUUUCGUGGAAUACAUGUUGAACAAAUGACCAUUCUGCCAGCUCACCUCUGCCCAGGAGAACAAUGAAGUCAGUCAUGCUGAACAAUUGCUGAGCCAUGAGUUAUAUUUCAGUGAAUGAGAUGAGCCAACAGGAUAGCUGGGUGAAUACUCACUCUUGACUGACUACAAUCCCAUAUACAAGCUACAGAACAAGCAUGGCGAAUAAAUCUAUCUAUGAUUUCUGUGCUGAGACCUUGGAUGGACAGCAGGUUCCGCUCAGUAACUUCAGGGGUAAGGUGCUUCUCAUCAUCAACGUUGCCACCUUCUGAGGGUCGACAAUAGAGGAGUACCAUCGACUGAAUGCACUGAUGGAAAUGUUCGGCGACCUCAAUUUUACUGUUCUUGGAUUCUCCUGCAACCAGUUUGGUCUUCAGUCACCUGAGGUGAAUCAUGAAACCCUCAAUGUUCUUAAGUAUGUGAGACCUGGUGGGGGGUUUGUGCCAAAGUUUCCUGUUUUUGGCAAGGUUGAGGUGAAUGGAUUAAAUGAAGAUCCUCUUUUCACCUAUCUGAAGGAAUCUUUGCCAUUUGUGAACCCUGUUAUUGGAGAUAUAAAGAAAUUCUACUGGUCCCCAAUCAAAGUCAAUGACAUUCGCUGGAAUUUUGAAAAGUUCCUAAUCACUGCAGAUGGCAUGCCCUUCAAAAGGUAUGAACUUCACUGCCCCAUUGGGAAAGUGGAGAAGGACAUAGCAGAACUUCUCUGAUGGAUUUUUCUUCAAUUUGUCACCGGUGGCAGAGUGACGAUCCCCCAGUAAAUGCACCUGUGCACCUGAGCUGGAUCUGAUGGGAAGAGGAACAGGCCUCAGGGCUUCAGUGCAUUCACUCUGAGAUAUUGGUUCCCUUCAGCCACUGGAUGAGUUUUCAUGUCUCCGUCACACUCUUCUCUAUUUUGAUGGUGUCUGCUACUCAAAAAUAAAUAAAAACAUUAAUAAAAACACUAUGAAAUAAA